AUGCACCUUCAAGAACCCAUCACCCCCUCCCCCGAGGGCCCAACAACCACCACCACCAAAACAACCAUCAUAGACGAGAAAAACACCCCUACCGAAAUCACCAUCAAAUCCGACCUCCACGACAACACCACAAGCACGACCCCACGACCCCUCUACUUCGCCUACGGCUCCAACCUCUCCUUCACGCAGAUGAAAAUCCGCUGCACAUAUAACCCAGCCCUCUCCGCGAACCCCGUCGCAAUCGCCCGUCUAGACCAAUGGCGCUGGUUAAUCUGUGAAGCGGGAUAUGCGAAUGUCAUCCCGCCUGCGUCCCUGCGAGUCGGGAAACAAGAUACGGAUGGGGAGAAGGUUCCUGUCUCUGGAGAUGACGAUGCUAUCUAUGGGGUUUUAUACGAAAUGGCGCCUGAGGAUGAGCUUUUGCUUGAUGGGUAUGAGGAUGUGGACCAUAAGGCGGGCCCGGCGAAGAGUGGUGGUAAGGUUCCUGUGAGUAUUCGGCCGACGGAGCAGGGUGAGGGGGAUUAUAAUAAGUGGUAUUUGCCGGCUACGGUGACGGAAUGGCUGGAUGAGGGGCAGAGGGGGCGAAGGGGGGAUGUGUCUGAGCAGACGGUUUUGGUGUAUGUGGAUGAAGAGAGGGUGCAGGUUGGACUACCCAGGGAGGAGUACGUUCCGAGGAUGAAUCGCGCGAUUCGGGAGGCAGAAGAGUUGGGAUUUCCAAAGGAUUGGGCUGAUGAAGUUAUGUGGAAGUAUAUUCCAAAGAUCUAG